UGCUUAUCCACAACCUUCAUCAUCUCUCAAAUAAAGUCUUUUGUCUUAACCAAGUUCCGUCUUAUAUUAGAAUUGCACAGGACUUAGAAGAACGAAAUUCACAAUCGGAACCUGUUUCAUCUUUCUUCUUCUCUCAACUUAAAAAUAACAAUGGGACGAACUUCAUCUUUCCAGAACGAGUUUACUUUCGAACAAAGGCUUGGAGAAUCCCGUGAAAUUGUCGCCAAAUACCCCGAUCGAAUCCCCGUGAUUGUGGAAAGGUAUUCCAAAUGCGAUCUACCUGAAUUGGAGAAGAAAAAAUAUCUUGUUCCGCGAGACUUGUCAGUUGGACAUUUCAUUCAUAUUUUGAGUUCCAGACUUAAUUUACCAGCUGGAAAAGCUCUCUUUAUAUUUGUCAAGAAUACUUUACCUCAAACUGCUAGUAUGAUGGAUUCUGUUUAUAAAUCAUUCAAGGAAGAUGAUGGAUUUCUUUACAUGUAUUAUAGCACCGAGAAAACAUUCGGAUCCUGUACAUAAUUUCAACUGUUAAACUCUCUGAAUGUGCGAUAAGUACCUUGUAUCAGAAACUUCGUAAAUAUUUGAUGUAUGGUUUUACUGAUUAUUGCAUGCAUUCUUAUUUAUGUACCUUCCCAAUGCUGUGUAUAUAUAACAAUGAACCAUUUGGGUUAUUCUAUAAUGGGUUUGAGAAUUCAUGACCGAUGAUGAUAUAUGAAACGGCUCCUACUGGCCUUAUUAGCA